AUGGAAUAUUUCAUUGCACUUAGCAUUGAAGCUUACAGUUUUCCUGAAAAUGCAGCAGAUAAACAAGUAAAUGCAAACACUCAAGUCAAGCCCGAAUCUAUGAGUGUACUACUGGUUGCCCCUAUCAGUAGCACUGAUGGAAGCACUUUGUUUCGAUGGCAAACUCAUGGACUCAACGCACAUGAUCAUUUUGAACCAGAUAUCCCCCGAGGAUUUAGUAAAUCUGCUGGUUCUUGCGCACUUGCAGCAGAAAGUGAGGCAGAUUGUGGAAGGGCACUUGACUUGUCCUACUUGCUGCAAGACAAAACCAAUCGCAUGUCUGCCGAUGAAUAUCACCUAGGUGAAAGUCCCCUACCUGGUUCUACCAAGGUGAAACCACAGGUACAAGAUAAGGCUGGUGACUUGGAGCAUAGUGGCCCCACAGAGGAGGGUGGUAACGCUGAUCCUGCUGACCCAACAGAGCAGGACCAGCCAAGAGAGCCCAUCUCGACAACAAUAGAAACUUUUGACGCAGCAAUGCAAAUAUUAGUUGCCUUAGCCUUGGCAGGAAUAGUGUUGAGCAGCUUAGUUCUUUACUACCAAGGCCGCGGAGUAACAGGGUCACAGCAGCUGUACUGUCAAACGUAUCUUUUUGCUGAUGAAAUGCUGCGGGGUAGCGCUUCAUUGGCACCAAAUGGCGGCGAAACCGACAAUCCGAAAACACAGCUCGACACAUUUGCAGGCCUGCUUCCGCUCACUGAUACUGUAGAAGCUUUGGCUUUGCUUUUUGAUAAGGCCAACCCCGAAAACAUUCUGGAACAGGCGAAAAAAUCCGCAUCGAACGCAUUGGAUGUAACUAGUCUGGAGAGAGACAUGCUUGAAGCCAUGGAAAGCCUUAAAAGUGCUUGCAUAGCUCUUUCGGCAAAUAAUAGUCUUCCAGGAGCGUUCCAUAAGUCUCUCUGGUGCGAGGCUAGCCAAGUACGAAUCCCUUCCGAAAGCUCUAAUGUUGGCCUGCCCCAUGCAUCAACGGCGAUGAUUACUUCAGCCUCCAAAAUCGUGGGGCUCAAGCCACAGCAGCACGUGGAUAAGCUGUUUACUGAAUUUCAGCUUCCAGAUCUAAACGUUGCCGAAAGCUUUCCUAUCGACCUUAUUAGACAGCUUUUCUUAAACGCCACAGACCUUCUGUCCAGCACUGAGGAAACUGUUUCCAAGCUAUUGCGAUGGCUUGGCAUAGGACUUCGAGUGGACGCUGCCCUGCACUUGCUCAUCCUGUUGCUAGUUGCCUUGUGGACUCUCUGUCUCUUUUUCCGCGGAAACAAGGCCGGCGGCUGCUUUUCCGCUUUUCUGUGGAACUCUCUAGUGCUGGUGGCGAUAGUUUUUCUGGUUUUGGGGGGUUUACUGGGGUGGAUUACGACACUGGGUCGGCAGGGAUGCAGCAUUCUGACUGAUUAUUGCUUGGAACAAGACAACUGGGACCUGUUUACAGAUUUGUUUCCAGUUGCCGAACCGCUCGUCACUCAGUGCCUUAACAAGGAAGGAGAAGGAGAUCUUCUUGAUGGAGCUGGACUAGCUGAGACUUAUGACGAAAUGCUUGGCACGGUGAAAAGUACAUUAGAAAAGUUUCCCAGUGCUGUAUAUCCCCUAGAUCCAAAAACCUCAGAGCUGGCCCAGAGCUACUUGGAUGCAGCCAUGUCGUUUGGCACUCUGGUGACUGUCGAUCCGGAAUCAGCCCCCUCAAUCCGAAGACAAGUUUUCCCCGAAUUUCUUGAAAGCGGCAUGCAAAGGCAAGAUGUUGAGGUCGAGGGGAAAAUUAUCUACGGUCUCGAGACUCUUGAACGUCUCGUUGCCCCUUGGAAAUUACCAUCUCUCCAUCCUGACGAUGAGAGGGACCGCGAGUAUAAUCUAGAAGACGCCAACCCUGUUGAAGGAGAUCCUAAAUACAUUAAGUGGCUUGACGAGCUCAAAGAGAGCAAGAAGGUACAGCUAAUGGCAAGUGGACAAACGGCGGAUAAUGCGGAGAAAGAAGCAGAAGCAUUCAAAGUCCAUACUAAGAACGGCAUUUGGUGGCUUCAGCAGAAGAAGAGGCUUUUAGAUUUGAGCUACGCAUGCAAAAAUCGAGAGCAGCAAGAACAAUUAUGCGGGUAUGAAGAAAUGUUUGGACUGGGAGAGAAUCAAAUGCAAGUGUCCUACAUGUACGGCAAACAGCUCGCGGCAGGAAGAAGCUGUGAGACCAGUCAAGCACUGAGUUUAUACAUUAAACCUGUAGAAAUGAAGCUACAUAUAGCUCUAUUGGCGACUCUCUUAGCAUUCUCUGCCCAACAGCGGCUAGUCGACACAUAG